AUGAGAAAAAAAGGAAACCGAAUGUUAACGAUAGUUCUUACUUCAUACAGAAACAGAGUAAGUACAAUGGACGAGUUCUUUGCGAAAGCCGGUUCCCAAGUGGUGUCAUUUGCUAUCAAGUCUGGUAUAUCACUAGCCUCCUCGUAUGCUAUCAAAAGGAUAAGUAAUUUUGUUGUGCAGAUCCCGCACGAAGAUGCGUGGAAGAUAGAUGUUCUGCGGGCAAAACUGGAAGACCGAAUAGACAUCAUAUCGAAUUCUAUUGAUUUGGUCCGAUUGGUUGCUGCGAGGGGGAACACAAACCUACAGAGUACAUUGAAAUUAACCAAGAGCCUCAAGGAAGAUAUCGAUACGUUUGAUGAGAGGAUCGAAGAGUUGCUCGAAGGCGUGACGGGCACGACUGACACUAAACGACAAGGAAAGGCGAUCAAAGAUGUCGAGGGGUAUAUAAACGAUUUGCUGAAAAGGAUCGAGGAGAUAACUCCCUUUAUCAAUUUGUCGCUGACGACAUCUGGUGCAAAUUUAAGUUCCGCCCUGUCGAAACAGAUAUCUCCUGGCCUUCUUUUGCAAGCUUCCAACCACGUUAUCAAGAGUAACGAACUUUUCAGCUUGCAGGACGCGGCAGCCGAGAGAGUACAAGUUGGCCCCGUGUUUGAAGUGACCCUCUUCAGCAUCUUCUACAAUGCCAAUUCUGAGAACCGAGUCAUUUGGAAGGAAGAUAUGAAGAAGGCGCACGUUACCGUUGAGAGACUAAAGGGUGGUAUAGAGGUCUUUGAUUACUUUUUAAACAUCAAACAAAGUUUUGACGAUGAAAGGUACCAUAACACUGAAGAUGGUGAAGAAGAACCCUUGGAGCUUUCUGUCCCGAUCGGCUCGAUACUGAAGAUUUUCUUCAGUGUGUCUGGGAAAUUAUUGAAACUGGAGGAAAGCGACCAACCGGUUUUGGUGUUGAAGACCUCAGAUGAUUCUAUAGAUGGGAAGGGUAGCGUGAAGUCGAACAUAUCUUCCACUCCUGCCAAAUGGUACGCGUUUGGUGCAUAUGAGAAGACAGAAGUACCUACAAGCAGUGACGACGAGGAGGAAGACGAAGACGAAGACGAAGAAGAAGAAGAAGAAGAAGAAGAAGAAAAAGAAAAGAAGAAGAAACAACUGGAAACGAACCCGUAG